AUGGCCUGGAGCAACGAGCCCAAAGACGGCCAACAUGACUCGUCCACUAAUGCUCCCUCGCAUCCUAAUGGCAGCUCCAAAUCGGAAUCCGCGCAGUGCGCUAUUUACGCUGUCACGGCCGGCGAAUCUGUCAGCGACGUGAUUGACAUGGGCCGAGUCCGACCUCACUUUCCUGUCCUCAGUGGGAAGACUGUGCCGUUCAACAACGCAGCAGGUACCGUUGUGCUCAAGGAGGCCAUAGAAGCGGCGAGCGACCUCAUGAAUGGAAUGCCAAUUGACCACGGACUCGGAGAUCCACGAAGCACCGCAGCCCGGGCUGAAUAUUCGAACAAUUGGCGCCAGUGCGCAGCCUUUGUCAAUGCCCAGCCGUCCGAGAUUGCCUUUGGACAGUCCACCACCGCUUUGCUACGGCUCUUGGGCCAGUCGCUGCGGCCGCAUCUCGGCUCGGAUGCAGAGAUAAUCUGCUCUACGCUGUGCCAUGAAGCCUCUGCAAGUGCCUGGAUCCAUCUUGCCCGAAGCCUAGGCAUCACCAUCAAAUGGUGGACGCCGUCACAAGAUGGGCAAGACGACCCCUGCCUCACCGUCGACUCACUCCGGCCUCUUUUGACUCCCAAAACACGCAUCGUCACUUGCAAUCACGUUUCCAACGUGGUGGGCACGAUACAUCCCAUCCGAGAGCUGGCCCGCCUCGUUCAUACCAUCCCUGGCUGCGUCAUCGCCGUGGACGGCGUUGCCUGGAUCCCCCAUCGGCCCGUUGAUGUCAAAUUUCUCGACGUCGAUUUCUACUGUUUUAGUUGGUACAAGGUAUUCGGGCCGCACAUGGCGCAGCUAUACGCACACCGGCGGGCACAGGAUCGUUACAUGACGAGCAUCAACCAUUUCUGGCGCGACCACGCCACGCUUGACGGCAAAAUCCACCUGGGGGCGGCUUGCUUCGAGCUGGAAGCAAUGUGUGGCCCCAUCGCCAAGUAUCUGGGGGAUCUUGGAUGGGACGCCAUCAUCCAGCAUGAGACGGUCUUGACCAAAGUCAUGCUGGACUAUCUCCUCAGCCGACCCACGGUAUAUCGAGUGUUUGGGAAGCAUACGGCAGAUCCGAGUCAUCGAGUGUCGAUUGUGGUAUUCGAGGUGCUUGGGCGGCAGUCCAGUGACAUUGUCAUGCAGGUUCAUGUUCGCGACCGGUUCCGGAUCACCUGGGGCGAUUGCUGGGCGCCACGGCCAACAUUUGACGUUCUGAGGCCGCACAGCGACGGCAUCAUCCGCGUCAGCUUUGUUCACUAUAAUACCGUGGCCGAGGUCCAGGGGUUGUGCGCUGAGCUGGAGGAUAUAACGUCCACUAAAGGUGCGCAUGUUACAGAAAGGGGGGACUCGGAAUCUAAUGUGUUGCACGGAUGA